AUGAAAGAAAGGCUACACAGCUCACACAUUGGGGUGAAUGGAUGCCUACGUCGAGCGAGAGAAUGCCUGUUCUGGCCUGGCAUGACCAGCGAGAUAAAAGAAUUCAUCUCGCAGUGCGAGAGCUGUUGCAUGUACGACAACAAGCAGCAAAGAGAAACCCUGAUGAGCCACGAGACGACAGAGCGUCCAUGGGAGAAAGUCGGCAUUGAUCUAUUCACAAUUGAUGGUAAAGAUUACCUCGUUGUGGUAGAUUACUUCUCAGGAUUCUGGGAGAUUGACCCACUUACAUCCGAUUGCAAAGCACCAACCGUCGUCAAGAAGCUCAAGGCCCAUUUUGCUAGACAUGGAAUUCCAGACGUAGUCAUCAGCGACAAUGGACCACAGUUUUAUUGUGGAGACCCAGGACACCAGCAGUCCAACGGGAAGGCUGAAGCCUCUGUCGAGCAAGCCAAGAAGCUCAUUCGGAAAGGGAAAUCUAGUAGGGAAGACAUAUACUUGGGAUUACUCGCGGUCAGGAACACACCAACUAACUCGAAGGGCUCUAGUCCGGCACAGCGUUUGCUAGGAAGAAGAUGCAAGACCAGGCUACCAACAACGAGGGAGCUGUUGCGUCCCCAGACAGUGUCGACUGAGCUAAUAAAGAAGCAGAAAAAAGAGCAGCAACAACGACAGGCGAAAUACUACGACAGGGGAGCUCGCGACCUGGAGCCAUUGGAUGAAGGGGGCGUAGUGAGAAUGAGGCCGUUUAGGCUUGGGAAGAAGGAAUGGGACAGAGCGACUGUCCGCAAACGGCUUGACGAGAGAUCAUAUGAAAUUGAGACUGACGAUGGUACAACACUCAGAAGAAACCGUGUCGAUAACCGGAUGCAGCAGACACCAUCCCCUGAAGACCAGAGCCCCGCACCGGCAGCCACAGUGCCUGGUCCAGACCCUCCAUCAGUAUCGUCACCAGCAGCUACGUCUGCCACGAAGAAACUCCCACCAAGCGACAAAAGACCAGAAACUCCUGCAAGACCAAAGCGGAUCACCAGGGAACCAGUCUACUUGAAGGACUAUGUCCGACGCUGA